AAUUUUCCUCAAUUGAACCCAGCGAGAAGCGACCAGGACAAAGCUGGUAACAGCUGUUAAGUGUACCACCCUAUAACUGUGAAUCUAAAGCUAAACCAAAGUUACAUCAUUAAGUUAAUAUUAUUUACUCCUCUUUGAGCAAUUAUCAAUAUUUAGAGUAACUAAAUGAAAUACGUGUGUUGGAGAGUGUUACGAAAUAUCAUUCGGAAUUAUCGAUUGCAUUUUCACUAACUGUUGGAACUGUUUGGCAUCUUGUUCUAGUAAUUAGUUUGUAGCUUACUGUCGUCCAAUCUGUGAUCGUUGUAUAGUGGCAGAAAUCGAUAACAGUAGACAAUUUGGCACACAAUUUACUCGGUGUGAAUGUACUAAAGCGAAAUCGGCUUGUGAGAGCCUUGUAAAACCUAUAGGCUCGAACUUAAGAAGAAAAAUAAGCGAAGAUGGCUGGCGGAGGAGACCCCAAGUGGCAGAAGGACGCGGCUGAUCAGAACUUCGAUUACAUGUUCAAGCUCCUGAUAAUCGGAAACAGUUCUGUUGGUAAAACAAGCUUUCUGUUUCGUUACGCGGAUGACUCUUUCACCUCAGCGUUCGUGUCAACUGUCGGCAUCGACUUCAAGGUGAAAACGGUCUUUCGGCAUGACAAGCGCGUUAAGCUUCAGAUAUGGGAUACUGCAGGACAGGAGCGCUACCGUACAAUUACUACUGCAUACUACCGUGGUGCAAUGGGUUUUAUACUCAUGUACGAUAUUACCAAUGAAGAGAGCUUCAACAGUGUACAAGACUGGGUAACUCAGAUCAAGACUUACUCAUGGGAUAACGCCCAGGUGAUACUGGUUGGCAACAAAUGCGAUAUGGAAGAAGAAAGGGUGAUUAGCCAGGAACGUGGACGACAACUGGCUGAGCAGCUUGGCGUCGAGUUUUAUGAGACCAGCGCAAAAGAAAACAUCAAUGUUAAGACCGUGUUCGAGCGAUUAGUGGACAUCAUUUGUGACAAAAUGUCAGAAAGCUUGGACUCGGAGCCGGCAAUGCUUGCUGGAGGGGGUCGUGGUCAGAAGUUGUCGGAACAACCGCAAGGAAACUCUAAUCCCAACUGCAACUGUUAAGUACAUAAUAUGUCAGUAUAUACCUCUCUCUUCCUGAAUAUACUGGAGUUAUUAUACAAACAACAAUAUUUAAGUAGCGUCAUUAUAAUAUUGAUUAUGCCUGAAGAAUGAUUUCAGUCAUGAGUCCGACUUGUGUUGCGAUAUAAUUGAAAGAUAAUAUAUUUGUUUUUCUUAUGCAUGUUUGGUUACUAUAAAGUCGGGAUUAGCUACUGAUCUCCAUGUUUUGGGCAAUUUAAUACCUAUGAUAAAAUAAAACAAUUUAUUUGAUAAUCUUUAUCCAGUAUACUCAAGGAUUUUCGUAUUAUUUUCUCUAACUUUUGUAUUUUCCUAGUUCCUUGUAUAGCCAAGUUUAUACCUUACCUAAUGGACUCGUCCUUCACAAAUCCUAUUAAGUAUUUGAAUUUCUUAAAUGUAACUUAGACAAAUGUACUAAAUUGUUUGUUAACGAUUAAGAAAUAGUGUAAUAUGUAUUAGGUGUAAAGUAGUGUCUAUGUUUUGAGCUGGAGUAGGGAUCUGAUACUUCUGUAGUAGUUAUUAUAUUUAAUCAAAUAAGUGUAUUCCAUGAAUUACUUGAAAUUAGACGCCACUACGUAAGAUAAACACGGUCUAUGUUUUAAGUUAUAUCUUAGUUUUUAUUGGUUGCACUAGUAAAAGUCAGCUUUUUAAAUAUGUAAGUGUGUACAAAGCUUUAUAUUAUACCGGGUCCGUAUAUGAAGAACUACAGUGAAUGUUAGAAAACAAACGAAAGAGUAAGAGUGUUUGUUGUUAAGCAAAAGAAAAGGAAGACUUCGCUUUCUUGCGUUCGCUGUUGUACUUUGCACGUGGCAAAAAGGCCUCAUAUAGAAAAAAGAUAGGAUUGAACACAGGAAAUAUUUUGAUCUUUAUAAAAAAAGAUAAUUGUUGAUUGCGUCUGUCAUAUUUGCAGCUGUUUACAAUAUUAUCUUAUAGUUUUAACUAAGUCAUUGAAUAUAUUUUUUUCAAUUUAAUUAUUGAAAUAAUGAUGCAUUAAUGACUCGGUUUAUUGUUCAGUUCUGUGUAAGAAAUGCUAGUUGAGUUCAAGGAAAUGGAACAUAAUUGGCGACUUGAGAUAUUAUUUCUAAUCCAUAAAAUUCAAAUAAUCAAAAAGGUUUUCUUAAAUAAUUACCAGUAUUAAAAUACAAAGAAAAUAAAACAAUUAUUCUAUAAAUACAAUUGCUAAUAUCGGACCAAAGCUAAAUUUCACAGGUUAUUUACAAUACGUGAUAAAAUGAAUGGCGCAAAUAUUUUUAGAUAUCAUUUAGAGGUCUUUGGAGCUUUCGUAUUGCAUUUAAACCAUGUCGUUUCAUAAAGCUUAGACUAAAAAGCUCUCGUGUAUUGCGUUCAUCUAUUAUGCAAUCGUAAAUUUAAUAUAAGCCAGGUGUUUCUUUUCUGAUCUAGGCAAAA